ACGGAAGAAACGAGACCUCUUAUCAGUGGUAAAGCAUGUCUUUGGCUGAUGAAUUGCUAGCUGACCUGGAGGAGGCAGCUGAGGAAGAAGAGGAACACCUAAUAGAUGAAGAAGACUUGGAGACAAUUGAGGAGGUGCAGGAGGAGAUGCAAGUAGACCUGAAUGCAGAGUCUGUGAAAAGUAUAGCCAAAUUAUUGGACAGUAAACAGUUUGCAGAAAUUUUGGCAAAGAUUGAAGAAUAUGUAAAAAAACAGCCCAAAGCAUCAGAAGUGCUGGUGCCGGUCUCUGCUGCUCCUGAGUAUAAAGUGAUUGUGGAUGCAAAUAAUUUGACUGUGGAAAUUGAGAAUGAGUUAAAUAUCAUUCACAAAUUUAUUAGGGACAAAUACUCUAAAAGGUUUCCCGAGUUAGAAUCUUUGGUUCCCAAUGCUUUGGACUAUAUCAGAACAGUAAAGGAAUUAGGAAACUGUUUGGCUAAAUGCAAGAACAAUGAGAACCUUCAGCAAAUCCUGACCAAUGCAACUAUAAUGGUUGUUAGUGUUACUGCCUCCACCACACAAGGGCAGCAGCUGACUGAAGAAGAAUUGGAGCGUAUUGAAGAGGCAUGUGACAUGGCACUGGAGCUCAAUCAGUCGAAACAUAGAAUCUAUGAGUAUGUAGAGUCUCGUAUGUCAUUCAUUGCUCCCAAUCUAUCAGUCAUCGUUGGAGCUUCUACUGCUGCCAAAAUUAUGGGUAUAGCUGGUGGUCUUACAAAUCUUUCAAAGAUGCCCGCUUGUAAUGUCAUGCUCCUGGGGGCACAGAGGAAAACACUAUCGGGAUUCUCCAGCACCACUGUUCUACCGCAUACUGGUUAUAUCUAUCACAGUGACAUUGUACAGUCUUUACCAUCAGACUUGCAUCGGAAAGCAGCUCGAUUGGUAUCUGCCAAAUGCACCUUGGCUGCUCGAGUAGACAGUUUCCAUGAGAGUUCUGAGGGAAAGGUGGGUUAUGACCUAAAAGAGGAGAUUGAAAGAAAGUUUGAUAAGUGGCAAGAACCUCCGCCUGUCAAGCAAGUAAAACCUCUGCCAGCCCCACUUGAUGGACAAAGGAAGAAACGUGGUGGACGCAGAUAUCGUAAGAUGAAAGAGAGACUGGGACUUACAGAAAUCCGCAAACAGGCUAACCGUAUGAGCUUUGGAGAGAUAGAAGAAGAUGCAUAUCAAGAAGAUCUAGGUUUCAGUUUGGGGCAUCUUGGAAAAUCUGGAAGUGGAAGAAUACGUCAGGCUCAGGUCAAUGAAGCUACAAAGGCCAAAAUCUCCAAAACGUUGCAGCGCACAUUACAGAAGCAAAGUAUGGUUUAUGGAGGCAAGUCUACUAUCAGAGACCGGUCUUCAGGUACAGCGUCCAGUGUAGCCUUCACACCUCUUCAGGGUCUGGAGAUUGUAAAUCCACAAGCUGCAGAGAAGAAGGUGGCAGAAGCCAAUCAAAAAUAUUUCUCCAGCAUGGCAGAGUUCCUUAAAGUGAAGAAUGAAAAGAGUGGGACAAUGACACAGUAACUUUCAGGCCUGCAUAACGGA